AUGUCACGCGCAGACAGUGGCCGAAUAAUUCAUUUGAACAAAGCCCGAGAGCGAGCCAAAGAAGAUGCGGAGAAGCAAAGAAAAAAGAUUGAAGAGGAUCGAGCACGAGCGGCUGCGGGAAUCACUGACAAGUUCACCGUCAACGUUUCUGCCGUCGAACACGAAAUUCGAACGAAGACGGUGGGAUUGGUGACGCUCAGUCAAAUGAAAGAAUCGCAGAAAGAUGCCGUUGUUCACAGAGAAGCUGAAGUCGUCAAAAGUUUGAGCGAAUCAAAGAAGAAGGGCAAAUCGAAAGAAGAUAUCAAAGAAUCCAAGGAGGAGGUUGCUCAGAAGCGCAUUCUCUCAUUUGCUGGUGACGAUGAUGAGGAAGAGGAAGAAGUGUUUAUUCCAAAGAAGCGACUUGGUAUGGAUCCCUCAGUUGAUACGUCAUUUUUACCCGAUCGAGAGCGAGAACUUGCACUUGAAAAGCGAAAAGAAGACCUAGCGAGGGAAUGGCAGGCGCAGCAAGAACUUGAAAAGAACGAGGAAAUUACGGUUGCCUUUGCUUAUUGGGAUGGAAGCAGUCACCGAAAAAGUACAAAAAUGAAGAAAGGACACACGAUAAGCCAGUUCUUGAUUAAAGCAAUAGAGUGCUUCAAGAAAGAAUUCUCCGAGCUAAGGACGUGCACACCGGAGAAUAUGAUGUUUAUCAAAGAAGAUUUGAUAAUUCCACAGCACUACACAUUCCAAGAUUUUAUUGUGACAAAAGCGAUGGGAAAGACAGGCCCUUUAUGGCAAUUUGAUGCAUCUGCGGAUAUUCGAAUCAGACAAGAUCCCGAUGCAAUGGAAAGCCAUCCAGCUAAGGUUGUGCUAAGGAGUUGGUACGAGAAAAACAAGCAUAUCUACCCAGCGAGUCGAUGGGAGCCAUUUGUGCCGAAGAAAGUCUACAAGCAUGAAAUCGAUGAUCUCGAAACAAUU